UGAGUUAGUAUUUAACAGAUAAAAACAUUGCUGAAUUAUUGUGGGUACAAAAACUUGAGAAGACAGGAUACUCAGUAUAUAUGUUACCACUCGAGUAUUUUUUUUUUUCAUUACAAUAAGAUAUGAAUGUUGUUUUAUAUAUUAUAAUUUUCCAUAUAUCAAUCACCUCAGCUCUGGAAUGGGGCACUAAAGGUGAAAACACUGGGUGGUGCUGUUUAUUUAAGUGGUUUAUUUGUGUCCUCUCCAACCAUUAAGGAGCCUCAAAGAGAUGAGCGACAUGUGAUUCAGUAAAUAAAACUACUAACGUAACGACCAUUUCCAACAAACCCACCAAAGCAUCAAUUAGCUCGCUUUUAAUAUCGACGCACUGAUGAACGCUUUGGUUUUUCUAGUGUCAGUGUUCAUUGGUUACUUUGCUUUCUUGGUUGGCCAAUCAGCAUAUUGUUGCUAGGCCGUCAUCUCUUAUUGGUUGGUUGUCGUAAUUGCCAUUCAAGCUGAAGGUGCUGUGGUAAGGCUGAGGCGCAACCGUGCUGUUUGUAUUUACGGUGUGCACUUCUGGAUGUGGAGUAGGAACACGGCACAUUAAAAGUUUAUCGAUAAAAGUGGUAGCUACAUACGAAUGAAUUUAUACUUCCUUGAAGAGGAAGAGGAGGCGGUACGACUAAAAGCUCUUUUCCUUUCAAAGGCGUGCUCCCUCCUUCCUAGAGUCUCACCACGGCCCUCACCUGCGUGCUUCCCUGCUUCCCCUGCGAACCGUCUGGGGCUGACGGACCCUUCCUGCUGCGUCCUCGUGCCGUCUCCCCGGCCUCUGGCCCUGUCCCCAACACCAUUGCCAUGACGCGCUCUAAAACCUUCCAGGCCUACCUGCCCAGCUGCCACCGCACCUACAGCUGUAUCCACUGCAGGGCCCACCUGGCCAACCAUGACGAGCUCAUCUCCAAGUUGGUGUCUUUUCAAGGAAGUCAAGGCAGAGCAUACCUAUUCAACUCUGUCGUGAAUGUUGGUUGCGGGCCGGCUGAGGAGAGGGUGCUGCUAACGGGUCUCCACGCUGUGGCUGAUAUUUACUGUGAAAACUGCAAAACCACGCUAGGCUGGAAAUACGAGCACGCCUUUGAAAGCAGUCAAAAAUAUAAGGAAGGAAAGUUCAUCAUUGAACUUGCCCACAUGAUCAAGGACAAUGGGUGGGACUGAUGCCCUCGACCCUGCUGUGGAGUGACUGCUGGAAAGAGACGUGUAAUAUUAAUAACUUCGGUAUCAGCCAAUAGCUUUCUCCUGGAAGCCCACAAACCUAGUCCCCGGCAACGUGAGAUUCAACGCAUCAGUGCUGUUCCUCUCCUGUGUCUGUGCGAGUGUGCGCGCAUGCACAUAUAGAUGUGUGAGAUUGUGAAAUUCAGAGUUUGCAUUUUAACAGAACGAAGCAGAAUUUCUGCUCUAUUCUAAUGUAUGUAUGGCAUUAAUGAGUAAAUACAGCACUCUCAUUUAGCAUGGCCAUAAUGACAGUGAAAGCAGACACUGGGAUGUCUGAGACAGGCUUUGACAAACCCCUCAUCAGACCCACUUGCAGGUUUCCCCACUGGCUGGAUCCAGGGAGAACACAGCUGAAAGGAAAAUCUAUUCAGCACACCGCCUUACUGCAUGAGUGACUGAUUUUUAUCCAGGGCAGCACAUACUCGAACUGCCAUGUUCUCCAUCAAAAAUCACUACUCCUUCCCUUCAUAAUUUUUCUUUAAUUGUUUGCACAUGAUUUAUUUAUCCAUGUAUUUAUUGCCCUUGAGCUUGAUUUCCUGUUUGGUAUGGGGACGUUGACCCUGUGAAACUGUAGCAACUGCAGUGGUUCAAAUGCUUUCCACUUCGAGUAGUAGCAAUCUUUUGAUAAGCAUUUUGUUUCAUGUUUUCUCUUUGGAAUGUGCUGUUUCUUUUUUAAUAUGUCUAGUGAUUUAUAUAUGUGGGUCAGUUGUCCACUGGGAUAGGGUCCACUUUCCCCUCGGCAUCAAGGAUCGCUGAUAGUGGUGAGUGACGGUGCCCUCUUUUUACAUAGCCCACUAUAGAGCUGAGAUGGUGCCAAUUUCCAAUAUAUGGCGACUGAGGCUUGGAUACAGCCUGUGAUGUCUUCUGAUUUAACAUCAGUCCUCUCACUUAGAGCACAUCGUACCAGUGACACAUAUAGUGGAUUCCUGCACCUGAUAAUGAAGAAGUUAAUUAUAUUCAGCUAGAAAAAUGUGGCAGUUGGAUGAGGUAAAAAGCCGAGGCUCUGUACUCAGCACAACCAAAGACUUCUUGAUCAACAGUACACUGACCAAACUGGGAUUUCUGUGUCCAUCUUGGGUUGUGUUGUUCUGUGUAGUUCGACAUUUGAUUGUGGUGGUGUUUUUGUGUUGAUUAAAGUUGCUUUACUUUAAGUAUUCACAUUAAGCAUAUACAUCACACAGUUAUGUAUUGACACAUUGAGUUUAUAUUUAUUUGGUUAUUGACUUUCCACACAUGAUCUUAUAAUGUCUGUGCUAAUCCCACCAUGGGACUGUUAUAAUUCCAACUUUUUUACUAUUUGAAAAUUUAUUUUAGCAUUUUUUCUUAAGGAUUAAAGUGUAAUAGAAGAUGGAAUCAGAACGUUUGAACCUGAUAUCAAUAAAGGUCAUUUUAAAAAUA